AUGGGUGGGGGGCAGCGAAUCUGCCUGAAGCCGUGAAGGAGGGUUCAGGAACGUAUCUGUUGGAUAGAAGCCUGGAAGCCUUAAAACUACUGGUGGUUAACAGGUAACAGCUCUACGAGCAAGAAAGCAGCAUAGGGGGAGCAUUGGGGCCUUCACUAACUGCUGGUAUAGGUCCGAGGGAGACAUCACACAGUGCAACCAGGAAGCCUCCCUAAACUACUGGUGCACAAGGAACAUCCCAACCAGGAAGACCAUCCCAAUCGGUGUCCAACAGGCAACUCAAUUUAGGAAGACCAUCCAAACAUCUGUUCACUCUUGGGGACAAGGCUACGGCCACUAACGCGUUUGGUGUUUGCAUUAUCUUAGAACUGGAAUACCCAAAACUGAGUAUUUCUGAUACACUCCAGCAACCCUGAAAGGGUUUGCAACAGACCAUGCUUCUGUUCCUUCUCCCCCUCCCCUCUCCUUGUCCUAGGAGUGUCGUCCUGCCCCACGGCCAUCCCUCCUCCUCCCUUGGCUCUCAUCUCCCCCUCUCCUACCAUCGCUUCCACCAUUCUCGUCUUCUGCUACAUCCCUCUCUACCUCGUUCCCACUCUCACUGUCUCCGACUACUCCUUUCUUCUCAUCUGUCUCGGCCCUCCCCCUUUUCACACCGUAUGGACCUUACACUUUUUAUCCGCAGAACUACCGCCUGUCUUCUCCCGGAUCUACUCUAUGGCUCUUAUCUAGAUACGGGCUACAGUACUGGGUUUUUCUCUGUGAUGUCUUACAGUACUGGUUUUUCUGUAAGAUCUACCAUAUGUGUGCUACAGAGGCCUAGCUCAAUCGGUUUAUGAGGACUCAGAGGACACCGUAAGCCUAAGGGAGAGGACGUCAAAAGACACCCAAAUACCUGGGGUAACAAGGUAACUCACAACAAGACAGGAAACCUAAUCUGCAACCAGGCCACCACCACCCCGACCUCUCCUCAUACGUGUCACAGGUGACACAGACAAACUCAUGAGAACUUGGUGGUAAGAGUAAAAACUGACUGACACCUGGAGGACUCGUAUAGAUGAGUUAGAGCGCUGGAGCAGGAAGCUGGCCAAACUCCGUCGUCUGGACAGCAUGAAGAGUACUGUCAGCGGAGGCACCAUCAGGUGAGGCACACAUUAUAUGUCAAAUACUUUGUAAGAGGAGCACUUGAUUUCGUUUGGAGUUGCAGUUAGAACUAUUGGUACUAUUCCAUUGGUAAUCAAGCGCUGGUCCAGUAUUUUAAAUGAUUUAACAUACUGAAUGUAUUUGGUGGAUGAUUAAAUGUUUUCUUCCUGUCUCUGUCUCCAGCCAAUCAGGAAGCCAGUUCAGCAGGACAGGAAGUGGUCCCCUGAAGAAGAAGACAGUCAAACCUGGGAGCAAGGUAGAUGUUUCCUUACACCAGCACAACUCUCUCUCUCUCUCUCUCUCUCUCACUCUCUCACUCACACAAAACCAGCUCUAAAUGUCUAACCUGGGUGUGGAUGUCAUUGCAGAGUCCAACUCCAGAGCAGGGCUGCAUCAGCCACAGGUUCAUGCAGGGAACCAUUCUGGCUCUAGUCAUCGUCAUGGCCUUCAGCGUCAUCUCCAUGUCCGUACUCUACGUGUUGACACUGCGCCACAGAGGGGACGUCAUCGAGAAAGACGGGUACGUAUGACCACAUCCAGAUACAGCGCAUUCGCAAACCAAUAACAGGCUUCAAGAAAUGUUUGCAAAUGUAUUAAAAAUAAACAAUUGAAAUAUCACAUUUACAUAAGUAUUCAGACCCUUUACUCAGUACUUUGUUGAAGCACCUUUGGCAGCAAUUACAGCCUUGUGUCUUCCUGGGUAUGAUGCUACAAGCUUGGCACACCUGUAUUUGGGGAGUUUCUCCCAUUCUUCUCUGCAGAUCCUCUCAAGCACUUUCAGGUUGGAUGGGGAGCGUCGCUGCACAGCUAUUUUCAGGUCUCUCCAGAGAUGUUCGAUCGGGUUCAAGUCCGAGCUCUGGCUGGGCCACUCAAGGACAUUCAGAGACUUGUCCUGAAGCCACUCCUGCGUUGUCUUGGCUUUGUGCUUAGGGUCGUUAUCUGUUGGAUGGUGAACCUUCACCCCAGUCUGAGGUCCUGAGUGCUCUGGAGCAGGUUUUCAUCAAGGAUCUCUCUGUACUUUGCUCUGUUCAUCUUUCCCUUGAUCAAAUCAAAUUAUAUUUGCCAAAUGCGCCGAAUACAACAGGUGUAGACCUUACAGUGAAAUGCUUACAGCCCUUAACCAACAAUGUAGUUUUAAGAAAAAUAAGUGUUAGGUAAAAAAUAGAUAAGUAAAAAAUUUAAAUAACAAAUAAUUAAAGAGCAGCAGUAAAAUAAAAUAACAGUAGGGAGGUUAUAUACAGGGGGUACCGGUACAGAGUCAAUGUGCGGGGGCGCCGGCUAGUUGAGGUAGUUGAGAUAAUAUGUACAUGUGGGUAGAGUUAAAGUGACUAUGCAUAGAUAAUAAACAGAGUAACAGCAGCGUAAAAGAGGGGUGGGGGGGGGGGGGGGGGGGGAACAAUGCAAAUAGUCCGGGUAGCCAUUUGAUUAGAUGUUCAGGAUUCUUAUGGCUUUUCCACUACAGCCCCGUCCAUGAGAAUGAGGGCGUACUCAGUCCACUUUUUCUUAUAAUAAUAAUAAUAAUAUGCCAUUUAGCAGACGCUUUUAUCCAAAGCGACUUACAGCGAUCGAACCCACUACCUUGGCGUUACAAGCGCCGUGCUCUACCAGCUGAGCUACAGAGAACCUUCUUCCUGUAGUCCACAAUCAUCUCCUUUGUCUUGGUCACGUUGAGGGAGAGGUUGUUAUCCUGGCACCACACGGCCAGAUCUCUGACCUCCUCCCUAUAGGCUGUCUCAUCAUUGUCGGUGAUCAGGCCUACCACUCUUGUGUCGUCGGAAAACUUAAUGAUGGUGUUGGAGUCGUGCCUGGCCAUGCAGUCAUGGGUGAACAGGGAGUACAGGAGGGGACUGAGCACGCACCCCUGAGGGGCCCCCGUGUUGAGGAUCAGUGUGGCAGAUGUGUUGUUACCUACCCUUACCACCUGGGGGCAGCCCGUCAGGAAGUCCAGGAUCCAGUUGCAGAGGGAGGUGUUUAUUCCCAGGGUCCUUAGCUUAGUGAUGAGCUUUGAGGGCACUAUGGUGUUGAACGCUGAGCUGUAGACAAUGAAUAGCAUUCUCACGUAGGUGUUCCUCUUGUCCAGGUGGGAAAGGGCAGUAUGGAGUACAAUAGAGAUUGCAUCAUCUGUGGAUCUGUUGGGGUGGUAUGCAAAUUGGAGUGGGUCUAGGGUUUCUGGGAUAAUGGUGUUGAUGUGAGCCAUGACCAGCCUUUCAAAGCACUUCAUAGCUACAGACGUGAGUGCUACGGGUCGGUAGUCAUUUAGGCAGGUUAUCUUAGUGUUCUUGGGCACAGGGACUAUGGUGGUCUGCUUGAAACAUGUUGGUAUUACAGACUCAUUCAGGGACAUGUUGAAAAUGUCAGUGAAGACACUUGCCAGUUGGUCCGCACAUGCUCGGAGUACGCGUCCUGAUAAUCCGUCUGGCCCUGCGGCCUUGUGAAUGUUGGCGUGUUUAAAGGUCUUACUCACAUCGGCUACGGAGAGAGUGAUCACACAGUCAUCCGGAACAGCUGGUGCUCUCAUGCAUGCUUCAGUGUUGCUUGCCUCGAAGCGAGCAUAGAAGUGAUUUAGCUCAUCUGGUAGGCUUGUGUCUCUGGGUAGCUCGCGGCUGUGCUUCCCUUUGUAGUCUGUAAUAGUUUUCAAGCCCUGCCACAUCCGACUAGCGUCGGAGCCGGUGUAGUACAAUUCAAUCUUAGUCCUGUAUUGACUCUUUGCCUGUUUGAUGGUUCGUUGGAGGGCAUAGCGGGAUUUCUUACAAGCGUCCGGGUUAGAGUCCCACUCCUUGAAAGCGGCAGCUCUACCCUUUAGCUCAGUGCAGAUGUUGCAUGUAAGCCAUGGCUUCAGGUUGGGGUAUGUACGUACGGUCACUGUGGGGACGGCGUCAUCGAUGCAUUUAUUGAUGAAGCCAGUGACUGAAGUGGUGUACUCCUCAAUGCCAUCGGUAGAAUCCCGGAACAUAUUAUCAUGAGAUACUCUACCUCAGGCGAGCAAAACCUAGAGACUUCCUUAAUAUUAGAUUUCGUGCACCAGCUGUUGUUUACAAAUAUACACAGACCGCCACCCCUCGUCUUACCGGAGUCAGCCGUUCUAUCCUGCCGAUGUAGCGUAUAGCCCACUAGCUGUAUGUUAUUCAUGUCGUCGUUCAGCCACGACUCGGUGAAACAUAAGAUAUUAACGUUUUUAAUGUCUUGUUGGUAGGAUAACCUUAAUCUUAGGUCGUCCAUUUUGUUUUCCAAUGAUUGUACGUUGGCUAAUAGGAUUGAUGGAAGAGGCAGAUUACUCGAUCGUCGUCUGAUCCUUACAAGGCACCCCGACCUACGUCCACGAUAUCUCUGUCUCUUUCUCAUGCGAAUGACGGGGAUUUGGGCCUUGUCGGGUGUCUGUAGAAUAUCCUUCACGUCCGACUCACUGAAGAAAAACUCUUCGUCCAAUACGAGGUGAGUAAUCGCUGUCCUGAUAUCCAGAAGCUCUUUUUGGUCAUAAGAGACGUACGUUAUGUACAGAAUAAAUUAUAAAUAACGUGAAUAAACACAUGUAAUAGCACAAUUGGUUAGUUUUUUUUAUUUUAUUUUUAUAUAAUUGGUUACAGGCUGUAUAACGGCAGCCAUCUUGCCUCGAUCCUGACUAGUCUCCCUGUCCCUGCCACUGAAAAACAUCCCCAAAGCAUGACGCUGCCACCACCAUGCUUCACCGUAGGGAUGGUACCAGGUUUCCUCCAGACGUGACACUUGGCAUUCAGGCCAAAGAUUUUCAUCAGACCAGAGAAUCUUGUUUCUCAUGGUCUGAGAGUCCUUCAGGUGCCUUUUGGCAAACCAAGAGGGCUGUCAUGUGCCUUUUACUAAGGAGUGGCUUCCGUCUGGCCACUCUACCAUAAAGGCCUGAUUGGUGGAGUGCUGCAGAGAUGGUUGUCCUUCUGGAAGGUUCUCCCAUCUUCACAGAGGAACUCUAGAGCUUUGUCAGAGUGACCAUCGGGUUCUUGGUCACCUCCCUGACCAAGGCCAUUCUCCCCCGAUUGCUCAGUUUGGCCGGGCGGCCAGCUAUAGGAAGAGUCUUGGUGGUUCCAAACUUCUUCCAUUUAAGAAUGAUGGAGGCCACUGUGUUCUUGGGGACCUUCAAUGCUGCAGAAAUUUUUUGGUACCUUUCCCAGAUCUGUGCCUCGACACAAUCCUGUCUCGGAGCUCUUCAGACAAUUCCUUCGACCUCAUAGCUUGGUUUUUGCUCUGACAUGCAUUGUCAACUGUGGGACCUUACAAAUCUUGUCCAAUCAAUUUAAUUUACCACAGGUGGACUCCAAUCAAGUUGUAGAAACAUCUCAAGGAUGAUCAAUGGAAACAGGAUGCACCUGAACUCAAUUUCGAGUCUCAUAGCAAUACUUAUGUAAAUAAGGUAUUUCUGUUUUUUAUUUUUAAUACAUUUGCAAAAAUGUCUAAAAAACAGUUUUCGCUUUGACAUUGUGGGGAAUUGUGUGUAGAUUGAUGAGGGAAAAAAAUAAUUUAAUCAGUUUCAGAAUAACGUUGUGAUGUAACAAAAUGUGGAAUAAGGGGUCUGAAUACACUCCGGAUGCACUGUACAUCAAACAUAUACCUGUACACUAGUCCCUGAACAUGAAUGACAUAUAUACCAUGUACACUAGGCCCUGAAACAUGAUGACAUAGAUACCUGUACCACUAGCCCUGAAACAUGAUGACAUAUAUACCUGUUACACUAGCCCUGAAACAUGA